AUGGCGACUCCAGAACAGCGAUGCGUACGCCUCUACGUCCUUCUUCGCGGCCCUGAUAACGCCCCAGCUUCUGAAUUUUGGCUGCCUUGUCUCGAAAUCCCCAUAGACAGACUGACCGAGUUAUUAUCAAAACCGUACAGAUGGUUGUGCUAUGCUGGCUACUGCAUUAUGGGUGUUGAAGGCAGCCUGUCGUUUUCUUCUACAGACUUAGGUCGAGCGGGUGGUCCAAUAAUUCCUAUCGACCCCGAUUUCGAAGACGGAACUGUUACCACUCUUUCUGAGAACCGGUCGUCUACUUUCAGGACAUCGAUUGUCGAGCGCGACGGAACUUGCGUCGCCGUUGAUGACCCACCUUUUGUUUGUGAAGCUGCGCAUCUCAUUGGACACAACAAGGGAAGCGAAUACAUUGAAAGGUUUACACAGCGACGAGGCGGUGGGGAUGUUGUCACUUGCAUUGAUGAUCCACGAACUGGCUUGCUGGUUAAUAAGAUCUUCCAUAUCGUGCUUGGCCGUAGUGUUGCCAUUCUUCCGACGCCUAACUUUAUAAUGAAGACAACCGACGUGGUUCAAGGGACUGCACCCGAUGAAGCUCGAUGGACCGUGCAAGAUUUUGCUGAACCUAGAGUACAACUAGAACCGCGCAUCUCCGUCUCAGCAUUUCAGCUGGUCAGGCCCUCCGCAUACCCCCCUAUUAGCCAGCUCGAUACCUGGCCACCUCAAUGUUUAUUCGCUGCGGUCUACGCUUCGGCGCUCAUCACGACAUGGCCUGUAGAUGAAUUUUUGACACAGGUCAGAUCGAUGUGGACGAACUCAUUCUACCCUGGUGGCAAGGCAAUUUCUGAUCAACGAAAGGCUGAGCGCAAAAGCAAAGUCCAGAAAAGCAUACGAAACGAACAGGAAGACGAAGUCGACGUGUUUGAUGUCCUUUUGAUGCUACAGGAUCUGAGCGCUUAUAACACAGCUGGUAAUCCUAUAUCUCAGCAUUCCUCUGCUCAGAAGGCCAUGGAAGAGGCACAGGAGAAGGUGGGUCCCUGGCUUCAAAAUGUCCAUUAA